UCACCUCUUGGGGGUUUUCGUCUUCUCCGCGUUGUAUUUGGUCAUUCUCAUGAAUAAAGUUUUAAAUGGAGUCGGCCGUUAAUUCAGAAACUGCAGUAAGGACAGUUCAAACUACUGAUCGUCGUCAGCAGGUUAUGAUAGGUACGUUACCAGAUGAUUUCUUGAGAGUAUCAAAUGGCCCCGAUCACCAUGAUCCUAACUUGUAUGCUCAAUUUCAAAACUAUCAGCAACCAGUUCAAACAGUCUCCAGACUUAGUGUUACAAUAGCACAGGCAACUUUAGUGAAAAAUUAUGGGUUAACAAAAAUGGAUCCAUAUGUAAGAUUAAGAGUCGGAAAUUCAGUGGUUGAAACUCAUACAGCAGUCAAUGGUGGAAAGUCUCCUGUUUGGAAUAAAGUAUUCAUAAUCACCCUUCAGCCUGGCAUAGAUUCAAUAUAUCUUGAAAUAUUUGAUGAGCGUUCCUUUGCUCUUGACGACAAGAUAGCAUGGGCCCACAUAGUAAUACCAGAGCAGAUUUUCAGUGGUGAGACUGUUGAUGAGUGGUACCAGUUGAGUGGAAAGCAGGGAGAGCAGAAGGAGGGUUCAAUCAACAUCAUCUUCUCUCAUUCUAUGGCACCAGUUCGUUUGACCUACUCUAUACCGAAUGCCAACCCCGGGCUCUACCCACUUCCACAUUCCCAACAAAUUGUGAUGGUUCCUGCUGCUGGGGUGCCGAUGAUGGCCCCUUAUUACCAAUCAUCUGGUGUUGUACAACCGAUGUACUCAUAUUACCCAACUGGUCAGCAACAAAUUCCAUCAUCACAACAGUACCCUCAGCAAGGUACCAUUCAGCAAUCUCCACAACAGGCUCCACAACAAGCUCCACAACCAACUGCAGAGGACAUAGAGAAAGAUGUGGAUAUGCUAGUUGAAAUGUUUCCAGGUUUUGAGAGGGCUAUCAUUCAAUCAAUGUUGGAGGAUAACCGUUUUAACAAAGAAUCAACCAUCAAUCAACUACUUUCUAUUUCGUCUUAAAGAUUUCUAAUAAUGUUAAAUAAAAUGACUAUUUAAAACAAGUUCAUUUAUUUAUUUAAUUUUUUUAAAAUCAUGAUUGAUUUAUAACUGUUAUAACUAUUGAUUCGUAUAUUGCAAUCAUAAUCAACAUCAUCACGAAGUAGCCAGCAUUGAUUUUUUCAGUCAAACUUGACAGUUUAAUUUUAUUAUAUCACUUUUGUAAAUAACUUUAAUAAAUUUUUAAACUUUCAAAAGUAAUCAAAUUUCCACCUGUCAAUUACAGGCGCUUAACAGACUAUCACUGUUAUCAAUUUGUGCUGUUACUGUUGUUACUAUCAAUUGUUAUAAUCAUCAAUUAUUAUUAUUAUCAUUAUUAUAGUUAUUAUUAUAUAGUUAAUAAUUGUUGUCAUCAAUUUUUAUUAUCAUUUUGGAAACGAUUCCUCAGAGUACUUGUGUGAAAAUAAAUAAGGAUUUAAGCUGUAAAUUGUUAAAUAAAUCGCGCAUAUAUAUAUAUAUAUAUACAUUAUAUAUAUAUAUAUAUAUAUAUAUAUUAUAUAUAUAUUUCAAUAUCCUAUUUUUGCCAAGUGUGUUUACUUAACAUGACAAAACAAUAAA